AUGCCAAAUAUAAGCAUAGCCUUUGAUCUGUACGGCACUCUGCUGUCGACAGAUGCAAUCUUGGACCAGGUGGCCGAGAUGUGCGGCGACGAAACAAAGGCCAAGCAGGUCACGAGUCUCUGGCGGAGGUACCAGCUGGAGUACAGCUGGAGGAUCACAGCAAUGGGAAUAUAUCGUCCGUUUGCCGACAUCACCGAGGCGGCCCUCAAGCACGCAGCCGCCGAGGCGGGCGUGCCCCUGAGCGCCGAGGCCGUGGCGGCGCUACAGCGCAGCUACGACGCGCUCUCGGUCUACGGCGACGUGGAGCAGGGCCUGCGGCAGCUCGAGUCGGAGCGGCGCGAGGGCGGCCGCGACGUGCGCUGCUUCAUCUUCAGCAACGGCACCGCCGCCGCCGUGAGCGCGAGCGUCGCCAGCUCGCCCACCCUGUCGCGCUACGACGCCGUCUUUGAGAAGCCGCCACUCAGCGUCGAGGCCGUCGGCGCCUUCAAGCCCGCCAGUGCCGUCUAUGAUCACCUCAUCGCCAAUGCCACCGCGAGCAGGAGCGGCGGCGACGGUGCGGUCGGCGUCGAUGACGUUUGGCUGGUCACGGCGAACCCGUUUGAUGUCGUUGGCGCCAGGGCUAGUGGCCUCAAGGUGGUUUGGAUUGAUAGGGCUGGCACCGGCUGGAUCGACCGGCUUGGAGACGUGAUUGGAACGGAUAUUGGGCCUACGCACAUCGAGGCCGGGGUUCACGAGGCUGUUUUGAGGAUUCUUUACAGCUAUGUGUAA